GUGUAUUAUACACAGUAUAGACUUUCAAGGAUUUCAUAUACCUUUUAGUACUGGUGUGUACAUAAGCCAUAGUACUGGUGUGUACAUAAGUCGUUAUACCCUAGGAUACAAGACGCUCGAAGAUAAGGCUAAGUCAGCUCAUAUUCUCUUCGAUUCGUAAGCAAGAAGGGUCGAUAUAGCACGUUAUUGAUUUCCAUUUGAGUGUAGCCAUUAAACAUCAGCAAACAUGUUGGCAUCAACUUGUACCACGACAAUACGCGAUGGUAUGAAAAUGUCCCAGAAGUACAUUAUAUAUGCAUCCAAGAGGUUACUACACAACACACACCACACACACUUCAAACCACCUCACAGCAAUGUAUGCCGUAUAGGUGCACCGUCUAUUGUGUUGUCGCCCUCACCCAGGGGUGUGGUGACGACACUUUUACAAAAUGGCAUUAGGGCGUAUAGUACUAGGAUAGACCCUCGAGAGUUGGAUAUGAUAGAGAAGCAGAUCAAUAUGGUAGAGCGAGAACAUUGUCGAGAUGCCGAAACUACCAUUGGAUCAAACGAGAGGUCUGUGCAUG